GCUUCUCGCCACAUGCUGCGAUGACCGCAGGAUAUGCAGUGAUGUAAAGUAACGCAACGUCACUUGAUUUUGCGUUGUCACAAAAUGGAGAGUGUAUAUGCGCAAAAAUAAAUCUGUGUGUGUUCGAAGCCUUUCUUCAAUGUAACACGAGAUAAAGCCGCAUGCGUUUCGAUUCUAAUCGUAUUCGUGUAAACUACAUGCUCCCGAAGAGCGGCGCUUUAGAAUCACUCUGAUUUUUGAAGAAAUAUGGCGGAUGUUGAGCUAACAAAAGCUUUGAAGGAUUUACCGAAUCGAGUUCAGACCGCCAGCAAAAAGGAGCGGCGUGAAAUUCUGCAAAAUGUCGCCAGCGUAUUAUCAAAUCCCGGCAUUAAUGACAAAAUUGUUAAUGGGAUAUGUAAGGUGGUAUCGCUUACCUUACAUAGAUAUAAAGAUAGUGCUUCUCAGUCCUACGUGAGAAAUCUAAUCAUAGAGCUUCUUAAAAAACAAUCAGAAGCUGCUAUCAAACAUAUGACAACCGUAAUUUCAGAGCAAGCUACUUGGCAUAAGAAUGUAGUUGCGACUUUGAAUACCGCUAUAACUGCAUAUACUGCAUUGAAAUGGUCAAAUUUAGUUAUUCUUUAUGGAUAUAAUAAAUUGGAUAAUACCGAGAUGAAUGAGUUUUUAGCAAAGCUCAUUGAAGCACAGGCAAAUUUAUCUGCUGCAGCUUUGGCAUCUGCAGAUAAAAAACUUGCAAACAAGGUGUACACAUUAUUUGCACAUGAAUGGACAGCCAUUAAGAAUAUAGAAGUUAAUUAUGUGGAAAAUUUGACAAAAUUGGAAGUUGGUAAUGGAGUAAUUAUUCUAGCCAGUUUACUUACGAAAUAUUUAGUUUCUACAAAAAGAAAUGAUUUGGUAGAACAAUUGAAAACAAACAUGAUAGACAUUUUUAUAAAAGUGACGAUUAGUUGUAAGAAGAAGCCAGAUUUGUAUGUGGUGGAUGUAGCUGUGCCACUUCUUCGGAGAUUAACUCACGAAGAAUUCAAAACCCAAUUACUUCCUGCUUUACAGAAAGCUAUGUUGCGAAAUCCGGAAAUUAUAAUUGAAUCAGUCGGUCUCAUUUUAAGCGGACUAAGUCUUGAUUUGAGCCAGUAUAGCCAAGAGAUAAGUAAAGGAUUAUUUGCUAAUCUACAUUCUAAGGAGGAUCUAGUGAGAGAUGAAGCGGUUGGAGCGUGUCGUAAACUUGCUUUACAGUGUUCCGAUACGACGGCUUUAGAGACACUGCUAUCAUCCGUAUUUGCAGUGUUUCAUGGAUCAGAAGGCAAGCUUACAGUCGCAACUUAUAAGAUCUCAGUAUUGCAAGGAGCCGGCAAUCUUAGCUAUAACGUGGCUUCGGGUAGCAGUGUGCAAAAAUUAGCCGAAACAGCGUGCGAGCAUUUCGUCAAAGUACUCGAGACUGAAGUUCACGAGAAGACGCUGAUACAGGCUCUCGAAAUGAUGGCACUAUGGUCCAAGAAAUUUUCAUCCACUCUACCGAAAAUCGUAGUAGAUGCUUUUAAGAAAGGCAUGGCGGCGAAAACAUCCACCGCCGCAGUGCGUACCGCUUACAUCAAAUUAUUCUUCUCGACUCCCGCCACCCCUUACUCGACAGUAAUCGCACCGAUACUCGCGCAAGCGAUAACACGAACUAUGCAGCAAUGCGCGCAACCGACAGCGGUAACCGAAGGUCUAGUCGCUUCGUAUCUCUUAUUGAAGUUCGUAUUAGCCGAUCAAGUGGAAAACGACAAGCAGAAUGUAUUGUGGAAUGCGAUCGACGAACAAAUAUUCUUUUCCGAGAAGUUUUUGUCGACAUGCGGCGACGAUAUUUUGUAUCAUCUUAUGUUACUAUGCGAACGACUAAUCACCGAAUUUUCCGACAGACUGAACGAAAAAGCUCUAACCGGGAUUCAUCGAGCAAUUGUAUCUUGCGCUACUGCCUCAAAUUCCGCGACGCGACAACGAUGUUUCCCAUUGGUUAAGAAGAUUAUGACCGGUUUGAGUACGUAUGCACCGGCGCAGGCUCUACUAACGGAAUUUAAUAAAUUUUUGGAGAACGUUAAGAUUAAAUCGGAAUCGGAUAAAGAAAGUAAAGAAGAAUCUUCUAUGGGGGAAAUCACCGGUAGAUGUCUCGCAGACGGAUUGCUCGCCAUAUGCUCAGGUUCCUUUUUAUUCGAAGUACCUACCUAUCAAAUGACUAGAGAUGCUCUACUUCCAUCUCAUCACCCGGCGUUGCUCAAAGCUGUACCAAAUUUAUGGUUUAAGAUCGCUAAGAAUUACAAUCUCAUACCAAAGGAUUUCUUACGUAGCUAUAGUAACGAAGUGAGGAAAAUGUUGAUUCAGAAUUAUAAACCGGUACCAAAUUAUGAAAAUGCACUUGUAAAAAUCGUAUCACUCGCACCAGACGCUUUUCUACCCGCAUUAGUGUCGAAUGUUACAAGUAAACUGGAUGAUCCAGAAAUUUUAAGAGUUACCAAGGACGAAUAUUUUACGUAUCUCACUCCCGAAGGAGAGCUUUAUGAUAAGAGCGUGUUGCCUGUCAAUGACGAGAAUGAUAUUCUCAACUCCAUGAAUAUGAAGAGAGAAAGUAAAGUUUACUCAUUUAAGGAACAGCAAGAGGAACUUCAACUGAGACGCGAAUUAUAUGAGAAACGAAAACGAGAAGGCAAGAUAAAGGAACCAAAAUUAACGCCUAAACAAGAAGAGACUUUGAAAGCACAGAUUGCGAAAGAAAAUGAUAUUCGUAAGAGAUUAACUGAAUUGAAAGCCAAGAUAGAUAAUACCGUGUCUUUAGUGACAUGCUCGAUACGCGGUAAUCAGCAAGAACUAUCCUUGUACUUGAAGGAUCUUUUACCGCCCAUUUUGAAAAAUCUGGGUUCUCCACUGGCAGCUCCUGAAAUGUCAGAGCUAUAUAUAUCCCUUCGUCAAACGGUGACAAUGGAUAAUAACGUAACUUUAGGUGAUCUUAUCGCUCAUGUUACAUUACGGCAAUUGCAACCACAAUGCGAUUUAGAUCAAGCCUGGGAAGAGGAAAAUCUCGAUACGGCGGUUAAAAGAACGUUGAAUCUUAUACACGCGGUAACGAUCAAGAGGAAGGAAUUAUUUACGGCGCCUGCAUUUUGUUACGUUUUUCCCUUCAUAAGAAAGACUUUGUUAUCGUAUAAGGAUGAUGGCAUGAUUGUGCAGGGAUUGCAAUUGAUUCAGGAACAUGCUAAGCAGAGAGGCGACAGUACUACCGAUCUGAAAGACAUUAGGCAUCCUAGACUUUUGCCGCGUAAACAAAUGUUUGAUCUGCUUAUCGAACUUAUGGAGACCACAACAGGUCGAGUGCAGUCACAUGCGGUGGCAACCUUGUUAGACGUCGCACAAUCCGGCAGUGGUCAACCGGGUACAGCAAUCGCCACCAGUGAGGAUAUAGAUUCCUUGAUCGGUGCGUUGCAAAAUUCGCUGUCUACUGUGAGGGACGCGGCUCUUAGAGGACUGACCGUAAUACGACAAGCUUUCCCGUCCCGGAAGGAGGAUCGGGAUCAGCUCGACAGACUCACGAGAAGAGUAUGGAUUGCUCGAUUUGACGUAAACGACGAGAAUAAGAUUCUCGCCACCGAAUUAUGGAACGCGGCCGACUUUACCGCACAUGCGGAGGUCCUUUGCGAGGAAUUGAUUCAAGACAUCGCUCAUCCGGUCGAGCCAGUGCAACAGGCGGCCGCUCACGCAUUAGCGGAGAGCUUGGCCAGCGUGCCCCAUUUAACACCGUCUGUAUUAGACAAUCUGUUGCAAUUGUAUCAAGAGAAGUUGGCUAUGAUCCCGCCGAAAUUGAAUGAUUUUGGUCGCGUCAUCGAGCCACCGAUUGAUACGUGGGGCCCGCGGCGCGGGGUAGCGCUUGCCCUAGCCCAGAUAGCGCCGCUUCUUACCGCUGAUACGGUACACCGGCUCAUCCAGUUCUUCGUGUUAACUGGACUCGGAGACAGAAACCAAUUUGUACGCACCGAGAUGCUGACGGCUGCCGUCGCGGCGGUCGAUCUUCACGGUAGCGCGAACAUAACUUCGCUACUUCCAGUCUUCGAGAAUUUCAUGGACAAAGCGCCGAAAAUUGGCAGCUUCGAUUCAAUCAAACAAUCGGUGGUAAUUCUCAUGGGAUCACUCGCAAGACACUUGGAUAAGAACGAUCCGCGAAUCAAGCCAAUUGUGAUGCGUCUCAUUGCGGCACUUUCUACUCCUUCGCAACAGGUGCAGGAGGCUGUGGCCAAUUGUUUGCCGCAUCUGACGGAUUCUAUUAAGGAAGAUGCGCCGAAAAUCGUGGACAAUCUGAUGGACCAGCUGCUCAAAUCGGACAAAUACGGUGAGCGUAAGGGCGCGGCAUACGGACUGGCGGGUCUCAUCAAGGGUAUGGGAAUUCUCGCGUUGAAACAAUUGGAUAUCAUGAGCAAACUGACCAACGCUAUUCAAGAUAAGAAGAACUACCGACAUCGCGAGGGAGCGCUAUUCGCCUUCGAGAUGCUGUGUACGAUGCUCGGCAGAUUGUUCGAGCCUUACAUUGUGCAUGUUUUGCCGCACUUGCUGCUGUGCUUCGGUGAUUCGAGUCAGUACGUAAGAACUGCCACUGACGAUACUGCUAGGGUAGUGAUGAGUAAACUUUCCGCCCACGGCGUUAAGCUUGUUUUGCCGAGUCUGUUGGCGGCUCUGGAAGAAGAUUCAUGGAGAACGAAAACAGGAUCUGUCGAAUUACUUGGCGCUAUGGCAUAUUGUGCGCCAAAGCAGUUGAGCAGCUGUUUGCCGAAUAUUGUUCCCAAACUGAUAGAAGUACUCAGUGAUUCCCAUACAAAGGUGCAAGAAGCUGGCGCGGAGGCACUCAAGGUCAUCGGAAGUGUCAUUCGUAAUCCGGAGAUUCAAGCGAUUGUGCCGGUAUUGUUGAAAGCAUUGCAGGAUCCUUCGCAUAAAACCGCUACUUGUCUGCAGACUUUGUUGGAUACGCAAUUCGUACACUUCAUCGAUGCUCCCUCGCUAGCCUUAAUUAUGCCCGUCGUGCAGCGUGCGUUCCUUGAUCGUUCGACGGAGACCAGGAAGAUGGCCGCGCAGAUCAUAGGCAACAUGUACUCCUUAACGGACCAGAAGGACCUGACUCCGUAUCUGCCGACUAUUAUACCGGGCUUGAAGACGAGCCUGCUCGAUCCCGUGCCUGAAGUGCGCAGCGUGUCAGCGAGAGCGCUGGGCGCGAUGGUACGCGGGAUGGGUGAAUCUAGCUUUGAGGAUCUAUUACCGUGGCUGAUGCAAACCUUGACCUCUGAGACCAGUAGCGUCGACCGAUCCGGCGCCGCGCAAGGUCUCUCCGAGGUGGUACGCGGACUGGGCGUCGAGAAACUUCACAAGCUCAUGCCCGAGAUCAUUAGUACCGCUGAGAGAACUGACAUUGCUCCCCACGUGAAAGACGGAUAUAUUAUGAUGUUCAUAUACAUGCCGAGCGCGUUUACAACAGAAUUCACACCAUACAUAGGACAGAUCAUUAAUCCGAUUCUGAAGGCUUUGGCCGAUGAGAACGAAUACGUGCGGGAGACCGCGCUGAGAGCGGGACAACGUAUCGUAACUCUUUACGCCGACUCAGCGAUAAUGUUGCUGUUACCGGAAUUGGAGAAGGGCCUCUUCGACGACAACUGGCGUAUUCGAUAUUCAUCCGUGCAACUGUUGGGUGAUUUAUUGUACAGGAUUUCCGGCGUGUCGGGCAAGAUGUCGACUGAAACUGCAAGCGAGGAUGAUAAUUUUGGUACAGAACAGUCACAUUAUGCCAUUAUAAACGCUUUAGGCGCGGAGAGACGGAAUCGCGUAUUGGCCGGUCUCUAUAUGGGUCGAUCGGACGUAGCUCUAAUGGUACGCCAGGCAGCUCUUCACGUUUGGAAGGUAGUGGUGACGAAUACACCGAGAACGUUGCGAGAGAUAUUACCGACCUUGUUCACUCUUCUAUUGGGAUGUUUGGCGAGUACGAGCUACGAUAAGAGACAAGUGGCAGCACGAACGUUGGGCGAUCUCGUGCGAAAAUUGGGAGAGCGAGUGCUGCCGGAGAUCAUACCGAUUUUGGAGAAGGGCUUACAGAGCGACCAAGCCGAUCAGCGCCAGGGAGUGUGUAUAGGUCUCUCGGAAAUUAUGGCGAGCACCAAUAAGGACAUGGUGUUGACUUUUGUUAUUAGUCUUGUCCCAACAGUUAGAAAAGCGCUCUGCGAUCCGUUGCCGGAGGUUCGACAGGCUGCGGCCAAGACUUUCGACGGUUUGCAUUCCACGGUGGGCGUUCGCGCGCUCGAUGAUAUAUUGCCGGCCAUGUUAACCCAACUGAAUUCUCCCGAUCCCGCGGAGGCGGAAAAUACGUUGGACGGUUUACGUCAAGUUAUGGCGAUCAAAUCUCGUGUUGUACUGCCGUAUCUAGUUCCACAGUUAGCUUCCCCGCCGGUUAACACGAAAGCGCUGUCGAUACUUGCCAGCGUGGCAGGAGAAGCAUUGACAAGGUUUCUUCACAGAAUCUUGCCAGCACUACUUACUGCUCUUUCCAGUGCGCAAGGAACGGCGAACGAACUGCAAGAAUUAGAAUAUUGUCAGGCCGUCGUUCUUUCCGUUACCGACGAGGUAGGCGUUAGAACUGUCAUGGAUCAGCUGAUGGAGGCCACGAGAGCAGAAGAUCUCUCAAAACGGCGAAGCGCCGCGACGUUAUUAUGUGCGUUCUGUCGCGACACUCGCGCCGAUUACAGCCAAUAUGUGCCGCAAUUGCUCAGAGGUUUGAUCCAUUUGUUUACUGAUGAAGACAGAGAUGUAUUACAAAUGAGUUGGGAGGCGCUCACGGCUGUUACAAAGACUCUGUCAUCUGAACAGCAAAUAGCGCACGUACAGGAUAUCAGGCAAGCCGUUCGAUUUGCGGUGUCUGAUUUGAAAGGUCAGGAAUUGUUACCCGGAUUUUGUCUUCCUAAAGGCAUUACGCCGAUACUACCAAUCUUCAGAGAGGCUAUUCUGAAUGGUUUGCCGGAAGCGAAAGAACACGCGGCUCAAGGGUUGGGAGAAGUUAUAAGAUUAUCCAGCGCAGCUGCAUUGCAGCCAAGCGUCGUACACAUUACCGGUCCGCUUAUUCGAAUCCUUGGUGAUCGUUUCAAUUGGAGCGUUAAAGCAGCCGUGUUGGAAACACUUGCGAUAUUACUUGGAAAGGUUGGCGUCAUGUUGAAACAAUUCUUGCCGCAACUGCAAACUACUUUCUUGAGAGCCUUAAAUGACAGUAAUCGGCAAGUCAGAUUGAAAGCAGCUUACGCUCUUAGCAAUUUGAUUGUCAUUCAUACGCGUGUCGAUCCUUUAUUUACUGAACUUCAUACUGGUAUCAAGACAGGAGAUGAUCCAGCAAUAAGGGAGACAAUGCUGCAAGCUCUCAGAGGUGUAUUGACUCCCGCUGGUGACAAAAUGACUGAUCCAAUGAAGAAACAAGUAUUCGCAACGCUCAGCAACAUGCUUAGUCAUCCAGAAGAUGUCACAAGAAACGCGGUGGCCGGUUGUUUCGGCGCGCUUUUACGAUGGUUGAAUCCAGAACAAUUAGCAAUUGCAUUUAACGAUCAUCUCUUAUGUAACGACGUUAAUGUCGACUGGAUGCUCAGGCAUGGACGCUCGGCCGCUCUUUUCGUAGUGCUAAAAGAAUCACCCAUUACGGUGUUCAAUCCUAAAGAGAAGGAUCGCGUUUGUACAGUGAUACUUUCAUACUUGGCUGCAGACAGAGUGCAAAUAGUCAUGAAUGGGGUACGAGCGUGUGGAUACCUAUUUCAGUAUCUCAUGAAUGAAUCGCUACCUGUACCGCAGCAAAUUUUGUCGCCUUUCGUGAGAUCAAUGAAUAAUAAUAGUAAUGAUGUGAAGCAACUACUCGCUCGAGUUUGCAUACAUCUUGCACGCAACAUCCCACCUGAAAAAAUGUCGCCCGAACUGCUCAGAGCGCUUCUACCAAUGCUGGUGAACGGAACAAAGGAGAAGAACGGAUAUGUCAAAGCGAACAGCGAACUCGCGCUUAUUGCGGUGCUUCGACUGAGGCAGGGUGAAGAUGAACAUCAGCGUUGCAUGGCUUUCUUGGAUGUUGGCGCAAAGGAGUCUUUAUCUGAUGUGGUCAGCAAAGUAUUGCGUAAAGUCCUCUCUCAGCCGGAGGGCAAAAUAGAAGAAUUAGACGAUACGUUACUCACGUGAGAGAUAUUGUACUUUUCGGGGCUUAUUACGCACUAUACACGUUCCAAUAAUCGUAUUACCCGUCAUUAUUCGCCUGACCUCUAUAAAGAAGAGAUUUAUCGUUCAUGUAUCAGUUACAUUAUGAACAAACUAAUUCGUUCAACAUUGUAUCUCGAUAAGCAAUUAAAGAGCGUAAAGCGGAGAAGUCGCUCGAUGGCAUUCAAGUUACUUAAGCUAAAAUGUCCCGAGCAGCAUCACGCAAUUCAAACUAAGAGUGUAUAUACUUUUAUGAGAGAGAUGUUUCUUAUUAUUCAUAUGUAUAUAUCGGCCAUCUGACAUCUAAUGAUUCUAAGGUCGAUAAUCGCAUUACUUCGAUUUGCAUGGAGAUUUUCAUAUUUAAAACAUCAGAGGUGACAUUCUAAAGAAUCCAUUUCGCUAAAGAUGAAAGAUUUAUUAUUUUACAUUUUAAUUCUUUCAUUUAUAAUUAUAUUAAAUAGUUACAUUAUGUACUUUUUGGACACAGUUGGACAAAACAUGAUUAUAUUAUACACAUGCUAUAUAAAAAAUAAAUGUUUUUAUUUAAAAAAAUUUUUUUGUAAAAAAAAUAUCUCGCAGAAACUCACAAUUGAUUCAAAGAAUAUUAAAACUAUUGAAUGAUUUGUAAGGAAUAUGAUAGGUAAUAUAUAAAAGCGAUUAUAUUUAUAAAUAGAUUUUAUCAGAUUCGUUUUGCUUACAUUUUCUAUACUUUUGCAUUAAAUAUACGGUACUCGUUCGCGUUAUCGGAAAUCAUGUAAUAAUUAUUUAGUUUCUACGAAUGUUAUAUUUUUGCCAAUAUUUUUUGCACUUGAUAUUGAGGAAGAAUAGAGAAUAUGAUGUUAGUCAAAGAUAAUCGAGAAAAGUCGAAAAAGUUCUAAAUAACGAAUUAUAUAAGAAAUUUUCUUAAUUAAAUGUGUUAAUUUUGAUUUAAAGAUAGGUUUUCGCAAAUUAUCUUUAAUAUCUCAUAUCUUUAGAUAUAUAUAUUUUUUUAUCUUUUAUUAAUUAAAAAUAUAAAAGAGAUGGCACUCAAAAACAAUCUUUUAAUUAGACGAAGAAAUAUUAAUAUAAUUAAGAGUAUAUCAUCUCUACAUGAGCGUCAUUUUGAACAUAAAUAUAAAAGAACUGCACAUAAUAAAGAUUCAGAUCAACUUUGUAAAAUCGUUUAAUCAGUCAUUUUGAUAGCUUGUAUUUUUCUGUACUUUGUUAUUCGAGCUAUUAAAUUAUAAUUAAAUUUUAGAUUAUUACACGCUUCUAUAGUAUAGAAAAAAAACUCACCUAUACUUCGCAUUGCAGAAAAUGAGAGUGUAAGUGAAACGAAAUCCAUUGAUGAAAUUAACAGUGAUUUUUUUUUUUUUUAUUAUUGUUAUAUAUUGUUUUGUAGAGUUAUCUAUGUGUAUAAUGACGUAGAUCAUAUUUCAGAGUAAAAUAUAGAUGUUGUCGAGACAGAUCCCAGAUAUGGACAAAUCUGGAUAGUCAGAUCUUUAUCCAGCUGGAAUACUUGAUCACGAUUGGAUUUGAUCAAAUUGAGGAUCUGACCAUAUAUAUAUAGAGGUUGUUAAAUCGGCUCGAGCUGCUCUAUGUAUAUUAUCGUGAUACUCUUGGCUCGAUCAUGUCUUUAUGUCUAAAUGUCUUUAAACAGAAUAACCGGCAUCCCAUAUUACAUCUCGUAUUCACCUCCGAUUUUCGCAAUUCACUUGCAUCUACGCUGCCAUCGCUCUUGCAAUCGUAAUACUUUAGAAUGUAUAUUUCGAACAAUCACAAGAUUUUAUACUUUUAUAUGAUUUUUAACAACUGAUCAAAGUUUACUUAUAUGACACACACACUUUUUAUUAAAUUGUUUUUUUUGUACAACGAUAAGAGAAUUUUACAAACUUUUGACGAGCAGAAAUGAAGGCAGUGAUAUGAUGGAUCAGAAGUAACACUUUGCCGUUGUCUUUUUCAAGUGAAAUGUACUCGGGUGAUUUGCUUUAACUUUUCACACCUCGGAGUUUCUAUAAAAAUACAUACCAGGCUAGCACGAUUUCAUUAAGUGACGAAUACAUUAUAAACAUUAGACACAGAUUGUAUUGAUAUUAAUCUUGAUUUUUUUCUAAUUUUAUCAAGUCUUUUAGAAUAAACGAAUUAAAUCUUUAUGACAGAUUCUUGUGGAUUAAUUGUGCAAUCGAUUUUUCGUAUACAUAAGAAUCGUUUAUAGAGAGGCAGAUUAUUGUAGAUUGACGUAGAUUUAUAAAUUCUUGUAUUAUAGAUAUAUCUGUAUUAUAUAUUUGUAAUCAAGUCAUUCUGUCUCUCUUUCUCUAUCCUAAAGAUUAGAUUGAACAGAGAUCCCUUUAACUUGCUCAAUCAAAAAUUUUCAAAAACUAAUUUCUCGACGCAUUUUCACGGAGAAAAGAUCACCUUUAGAUUAUUUCGAAAAAUCCAAAGAAUUUGUCACAGAGUAAAAUUUGUCCCCCUUUUUAAUCUAAGAUAAACAGUUUACGUUAUUUCUCGGUUCUAAAAAUAUUCACAAAGCGCAAAUCUUUUUUUUUUAUUCUUUCUGAAUAGAUUCGUCUUAUUAUGCCGUGCCGGUUAGUAUGUUCUAUCCAUAGCUUCGAAUUAUAAUUACUUGCGAGAUGUGCAAAAAUGUUAGCAAUGCUCGACCGAUAAAUCAUAUAUAAAACAGAUAUAUCAUGCCUGCUCUCUUUUAUAAUCCUCCUUUGUCAUGAAAGAAACAAAUUUGCAAGUUAUAUUUACACAAAUAUAAUGGUUAUUUAUUUUCCAAAAAAUGCGAAGCACGCAUAGAUACAAAUAUAAAAAUGAAUUAAUUCAGAAAAUUUUAGAAGAUGAAUUAUGUACAUAGAUUGACGCAAUAUGUGUAAAAAAUUCUUUAUUUUUAAUUUAAUUUAUUCAAAAUGUUCAUUACUUUUUUACGUGUAACUCUAUAAUAAUGGGUAUUCAGUUGUAUCUCUUGCAAAUUUUUAAUCAAUUAAGUCAUUACUCUUAUCGAAACAUUUCGAAGUUAUACAAUCUUGAAAGUCUCAAUAGAGGUCUUGAAAGUUUUGAUUAGUCUUGAAGAUCUUGAGUGAUCCACCAUCUCGAUCUCUUAUAUAUCGAUAAAAAUUUUGUUUCUACAUAAUUAAUAAAUAAUUCUUGUUUAAAUUCAAUUUUCAAAUGUUUUAUGUGUUAUAUUUAUUUAUAAUAUCCCAAUAUAAAGUUUAUCAAAACAUUUAAGACUUUUCUUAAGACACUCAAGAUCUUCAAGAUCAAUCAAGACUUGCAAGAUUGUAUAACUUUGAAUAAUAUUCGAACUAAUUCCAAGAUUGAAUAAAUUCGAAUAAUAUUAAAACUGAUUUGAAUUUCUCAUAAUAUAUUCGAACUAAUUUGAAGCAUCUUUAUUUCUAUCAUAUGUAACACACAUAUUUUAUCAUUUUUCAUUUUACUUUUUUUAAAAUUAUUUUACUAAACCAUCUCGCAAUCAAAAGUCAUAUUUAUCAACAUACUUUUACAUUCUCCAAAUUACAUAACGCAAUAUGGAUCUUUGCGCGAUACUUAUGCUAUUAAUAAUUCAAAUAAUUAAUAUUAAUAAUAUUGCCAAUUUUUUAUAUACAGAUAAAAGUGAGUUAAAUGAUACAUUAACAAUGAGUUCCUGCUUAUCUUCAAAAAGUGGAGCGCAUACUCGCGAUAUAUAUAUAUAUACAUAUUAAAAUAGCGCGGUAUACAAGGGGAAUUUCCCUUGAAAUCGCGGUGAGAUCGACAAUCGCGCGCGGCAUGCCGGAAACGCAGCCCGGCACCCCGUCGUCCGACGAGGAGAAUCUCGCGCGGCGCAAUCGUUCGCCAUAAAAAGAAAGGAAGGGAAACAACGCGCGCGAAGAUACAGGGACGAUGAGCGCAGCUGCACGAGCGGUUAUGCAGUUCCGCCGUUGCACUUCAAAGCGCGCCGUCGCCCACGCGCGAAAACUCGCUUUACUACGUCCGGAUGCGACGCUUUACGAUCCUCCGGCGUGUGCGAUCGCAAAGGAAUAUUAAAGAACCUGAUCCUCUCUUUUUCUCAACUCGAAAGCACCUCACGGUCGAUCGUGGCUCUUUUAUUAGGCAAUAGUGAUAAAAAUUAUUGUGAUUUCGAAAGCGCAUCGAAAAAAUAAGAUUCUGGAGAUUCUUGUUAUAUAUAUCUUAUUACUCUCAUCGCAUUUUUUUGUCUAUCACAAAGUCCAUUUUGAUAAGAGAUAAGUUUGGGAAUAUAAAUAUCAAAAUUGUGUUCUUUUUAGGUCAAAUUUAGAUUUUAAAAGAAUUUUAAUUGAACUUAAUUGAGAUACAUGUAAUAUUACUUUUAUUGUACUUUUAUUGUUGCUGGAUUAUUUGUGUUUAUGGUUCUAUCGAUACUCUUGUGUGUAAAAACAAUGGAAAAAAAAAAUACUGUU